CUUUCCUCCGCCACUACUAGAGAGAGAGAUAUGGGAAGCGACAGUGAAACGGAGAAAUCACAGAAGGAGAGAAAGAAGAUCCUGGCUCUCGCUCCCAUAGCGAAACCGCUGGCGGGGAAGAAGCUUUGCACGAGAGCUCACAAGCUCGUCAAAAGAGCUUCUGAACAUAAAUGCUUGAAAAGGGGAGUGAAGGAGGUGGUUAAGAGUAUCCGACGCGGUAACAAAGGUUUAUGCAUUAUAGCAGGAAACAUUUCUCCUAUUGAUGUUAUCACGCAUCUUCCAAUCUUAUGUGAAGAAUCUGAUAUUCCUUAUGUAUACGUUCCCUCGAAGGAAGAUCUUGCUACUGCUGGAGCCACCAAGAGGCCUACUUGCUGUGUGUUGGUACUAACAAAGCCCACCAAGGGGGAGCUGGGCCAGGAGGAACAAGAGAAACUGAAGGCAGAUUAUGAUCAAGUUGUGUCAAAUGUGGCUGAACUUACAUUAUCUCUCUUCUGAAGAGUUAGCUGAACUGAAUCAACCACUGUACUAAGG